AUGAGAAGUCCACAGCUCACCCAACUGUAUUUGGUUUGUUCAAGAAAGAAGGAUUGUCGUCUUCUUCCAAUCGGUACAAACCAUUCACUGUCUUCAAAAAAAACGCGAUUAUACGCGUCUGCUGUUGGGCCACACACCACAAUUAACAAUUAUAAUGACAGAAGUACUCGUGACUUCUCUCCUCCACCAGUGAAACAAAUGUUUUCUUUCUCUGACGGUGAACAAGGAGCAGUUGUCGAGCCUUUGAUUAACCUUGUCGAAAAGGUACUCUACAAGUUUCUUGUUAACAACGAGAGCAUUAUCCCCGCCGAUGUUGUGGAAAGUCUCGCCGCCGAACAGCGUCCCCUGAUCAGCACUGACUUUAGCAACGCCGAUUUUCUGUACAUACUCAACUUCAUAACCGAGAAGAUUGAUAUUUUUUUGAAGAAAUCAGUCUUCCAUGGCCAAUACAAGGCGAAUCCUGUUGAGCUUUUCAACAACUUCAAGAACGUUUGUCACAAGAUGACGCAUGGUAUCGUUGUAAACGAAGUAGGUCGUUGGAGCGAUCAUGCACUUCAACAUGUCGCUCUUUUGGCAUGUGGGAACUACGAGGAAGUGUACAUUACCAAAGAGGGGAUUAAUAACGAUGUAGGCGACAAUGGUGACCAACCGCCGAAGAGAAAGCUCGAGGACACUGACUUUGGCAAGAUGGCAGAGUUCGUUCUAGAUGUCCUCGAUGAGGUUGAAGAUACGGAGAAGGGACAGAAGAUAAUGAAGUUGACAUUGAAGGAGGACAAGUAUUUUAUGCAGAUAUGGAGGCGGUCGGGAUUCAAGAGAAUCACAGCGAUCAUGGCAAGAGGCAAAGAAAUGGAAAAAGGCGUCAGGAAUAAGAUAGAUGUAGUAUAUAAUGAAUCUAAAUUACGUCGAGUCAUGGUCGAAUACCCGAUUACACGCUAA